AUGUCGUCAGAAGAAAGGGCAAUGGAAGAGUUUAUUGGUAUCACAGGCAUUGCAAAAUCAGUUGCCGAACAGUAUUUAUCAAGAAAUGAUUAUGAUGUUGAGCUUGCAGUAAAUGAUUACUAUAAUGUUGAGCAUGUGGAACCAGGCUCCGGGCCAAAUCCGAACUUGACUGGGAACAAGCCAGCAACACCCAAACCAUCUGGACCUGUGUUCAAGUCAUUUUCAGAUCUGCAGCACAGCAAUGACAAUGGCCCAGAUGACGAUAAUGAUAACGAUGACGAUAUGAACUUUUUCACGGGUGGUCAAAAGUCAGGAUUGGCUGUCGAGGACCCAAACAAAAAGAAGUCCGGCAAUGGUAGAAAAUUGGUUGACGAUUUGCUUGAAAAAGCUGAAAAGGAGGCUGGCGAACCUGAUUGGCGAGAUAACGAUAAUACAGACGAAGAAAAGGAUGUGAAAAAAAUGAAAACCUUUAAAGGAACUGGCCAUUCUUUAGGUUCCAUCGAGAAUGCAGUAGAUUCCAGAACCAUAUUGGGUGAAAACUCUUCUCGUGGAGGCUCUAGACCUGAAAAGGUCACCAGAAUAAUCACAUUCUGGAAAGAAGGUUUCAGUAUUGAUGACGGCGAGUUAUAUAAAUAUGAUGAUCCAAAGAACCAAGAAUAUUUGAAGCAAUUGAAUAUGGGAAGAGCGCCAUUAAGCCUCCUCAAUGUACAGAUGUUCCAGGAUGUUGAUGUAAGCGUUGUCAAGAAAUUAGAGGAGAGUUAUCAUGAUCAUCAGAAAGCAAAGCCACGGGUUUAUGGUUUUGAGGGAGAGGGCCAAAGAUUAGGGUCUCCUAUACCAGGGGAACCUACUACUGUUGACGAAGCACUAGAGAAGUAUGGUGUCAAUGCUGACCCUGCUGAAAGUGUCGAAGCUGCAGAAGAGCCAGAGGUAGCAAAAGAAGCUGAAGCUGAAGGCGAUACUAGUAUUCAAAUUAGGUUAGCGACAGGAGAAAGAUUGGUUCGAAAAUUCAAUUCCACUGAGAAAGUGGAGACAAUUUACGAAUACGUUGCUUCGAACGGAGACAGUAGUAGACCAUGGGGUUUAGUAACCUCAUUUCCUACUCAGCCUCUAGAUGAUAAGAAGGGUGAAACUAUAGCUGGUGCAGGCUUGAAAAACGCUGUGAUAAUCCAGAGAUGGAAGUGA